AGACGCGGUCCGCGGGGCGGCGCGCGAGAGUCCGGAACCUCUCUGAGGAAAACCUCUGUGAGGAAGGCCGCGGGGCCUCCUGACGCCCCUCCGACGGGGACGCCCGGGCGGGAGACCGCCGCGGCCCGAAGGUCGCGUUGGAGGGUUUCCGUGGUCAGCCCGUCGGCGCCCCCCGACGGCUGGGUCGGGGCAAGGUGACGCUCGGACCGAGUUGCUGGGGGCUUCCGUGUGGAAUGUCGUCCGUGCGCUGGGGACUCGGCUCGCCCGGCUUAGGCAAACCUGUGGUGUUUGAAGUGUCACGAGAUUGGAAGGGCAGCGUGCUGCUCUGAAUUGUGGAGAGCUGCGGCAGCGUUUUCCUCGUCCGUGCGGUAAAGGGGGUUAUUCGCUGGGAGCGGUGGCCGCAGAGGGAGGUGCACGGUGCUGUUGUCCAGGGUGGCUUUCGUGACGAAGACGUGGAGACCCCCGUUCGGGGCCUUCGGAAGACGUUUUCGCCCUGACAGGAUGGGGUUGGGUUGAAGUCAGGAAACGCUUUUGCGGAGACACAGGCAGGAUGAUGGUGAAACGUGUUCCCGUCUUGGGGUGAAAAGGUUGUGUUGUGGUUAGCUACCUUUCUGCACCUGACGCGGCCGCUUCGCUUUGCUCGAGGUGCGGCGACGCAGGGGCUGAGCGCGCUCGCAAAGUGAAGCCAGGUUUACGUUAGCGAAGGGAGUGAGAGGGAGUCGUGACGGCAGCGGUGAGAGGCCGGCCGCCUGCGCCCUCGGCCGGGGCUGGGCGACAGCCCGCGGCGCCCGCAGCGCUGCUCCCCUCGGGCACCCGGCGCCGAGAGCGAGCGCCCUCCUUGCCGCCCUUCGCCCUCUGCCCUUGAACGCAGGCUUCCCCAGGCCGAGGGGUGGUCUCCCCGCCGAGGGCGCCUUGUGCACUUUUACAGUAAGCUGCAGGUAACGCUCAAAGCGUUGCUUCCCGGCAUCGCUUGUGCCUUUGUGUCUUGGGGACAGGCGCCCUCGUAAGAGGCAGAGGCACGGCUUUCUGGGAGACGGCUCCCCUCGGGAUUCCGAUCCUCCCAACCCUGGUUGAGAAGGACGCCCAGUAGGACCAUCCGCUACGUCCUGUGAAAUGCGUCGGCCUCGUGACAAGUGGUUACUUAGACUGUCUCCCAGUCCGAGGCUGCUUCGGGCAUCUCCGGGGAUUAACAGUAGCCGAGAGCGCUUAGAGCGGUCGAUUCACGCCUGUGUAUUUUACGGUAAGAACUCACGGAGUCUCUGCUUCCGUAGAAGGCGAGCGGUAGGUGAACCCCGGAGACCAGAAGCUGCAACCAGAGGCAUUUACUUCAGGGUGUUCAGUUGUCGUUAACCACAGUGAGCGGAGAGUCUUGGAUACAGAAGGGGCCGCAGAAAGUGUCGUUCGGUCUGUGCGAAAAGGCUGUUCGGGCCGCACUCCUGAGCGAAGGCUCCGGGUCCUGUGCCCCUGCGCCCUGCCCACAGCUUCCCUCCGCUUGUGGGCCUGGACGCGCUCGCUCUGCUCAGCCUGGGCGACAGCCAGCCGAGCGAGCGUUCCGCGCGCUGUGAACCCCUCCCAGCCCUCAGGCCGCGUUCCUAGCGACGUGCCAGCUCUGCACGAGGGUCCUCACCUCCUUAUGAGGCUUGCUCGCUCCCGGAGGACUGAACGUUAUUCAGGAACCCUGAUCACGCCUUGCCUUUACAAGCUGUCGCGCUGAACGGUAUCUGUACAGAAUUCCAAACCGGGUUUUCCACAUCCAACCCACAGCUGGAGUGCUUGAUGCACUUAGUGAGAGCCGGAGCCACGCUGGACGUCUCCACCACCCGUUACGCACAGACCCCAGCCCACAUCGCCGCUUUUGGGGGACAUCCUCAGUGCCUCGUCUGGUUGAUCCAAGCGGGAGCCAGCAUUAACAAACCGGACUGUGAGGGCGAGACUCCUAUUCACAAGGCGGCUCGCUCUGGGAGCCUGGACUGCAUUAGUGCCCUGGUGGCUAACGGGGCUCAUGCCGACCUGAGAAAUGCCAGUGGCCUGACGGCAGCAGACAUUGCUCAAACCCAGGGUUUCCAAGAGUGUACCCAGUUUCUCUUGAACCUCCAGAGUUGUCAUCUGAAUCCUUUCUAUAACGGUGGCCCCUUCAAUGGGGGCCAUCCGAAUGUAUUUCCUAAUCACAUUAGUGUGGGAACAAAUCGCAAGAGAUGCUUGGAAGAUUCGGAACCCUUUGGAGUAAAGAAAGCUAGAACCACAGCUCAAAGCUCGGAUGACCCCAUGCCGCUCCUGAAUGGCGAGGCGGAAGACGAUGCUGACAGCAUGCACGUCGAUAGAGAGUUUGUAACAGAUACGAAAAACAGUAGCUCCGUAUCGAAUACACUGACAAAUGGAUGUCUCAUCAAUGGACAUUUGGACUUCCCCUCCACGACACAGCUCAGUGGGAUGGAGAGCAGGAGUGACCAGUGCUUGACAGGACCUAAUGGAAUUGGCGGUGGACUAGUUCCAGGACCGCCGUUUCCGAGUAGCCAGGGUUCUCCCUGUGUUAAUGGGACUGAAGAGCCAGAAAAGGGCACGAGCGUUAACCCCGAGAUGUGCGGCUCUCUGCACCUGAACGGGAGUCCAAGUAGCUGCAUAGCCAGCAGGCCUUCCUGGGUGGAAGAUAUCGGGGAGAACCUGCACUACGGACACUACCACGGGUUCGGAGACACUGCCGAAAGCAUCCCUGAGCUGAGCAGUGUGAUAGAGCCCUCCAACUCCGUGAAGCUGGAGGAGGGGCACGACAGCGCCGUCCUGGGCACCACGCACCUGUUCCACGGCUCUUAGGGCCGAGGCCGCCCCCUUGGACACAUGAGGCCUCCUGCUAACCAACUCCGAAUGCUGGUGUAGCAUCAACCUGAAGGAAUGCCACAACUUGUACUAUUUUCUUUUACUUCAGCUUUCUGAGAAAGUGCACUCUUUCCUUACUCGGCAGGUUCUCGUCGAGUCCUAGCAUGAGCACAGGUAGGCUUAUUUAGCGCACACGUGUCUCUCCGUGGGACAGUGGGGGCCUCUCUCAGGGUGCACUUUUGAAAUUUAAUUUUUCUGCUGCCGAUCUCAAUAUUUUCUUUUGAAUACCAUCGCCGUAAAUUGCCACUUUUCCUUCCGUCAAAUUAAAUCGUAUCUGAUCAGGACAGAUUGCAGACAGUGAAUGAGGUGCCUGGUAAUUUACCCCUUUGCACGUGGGCAUCAUUUUGAAGAGCUUGCUUUUACUCUUUCCAGUAGAAUUUUUGACAGAAGACAACUCUUUCCCUAUGCAAGGUACAGCCUUACAAAGAUUUCUUGCAGUGAUUUGUAUGAAGAAAAGAACGUUUGUCUUUUGCAAGGUACAGCCUUACAAAGAUUUCUUGCAGUGAUUUGUAUGAAGAAAAGAACGUUUGUCUAUUUCAAAGUCUUUUCCAAAGUCUUUUCAUUGAUAACUUUGCUACGUGCCGUGUGGUGAAGGUCUUACUUGUAGGCACACGUAUUGGUUUGGGGACAUGAGUGGUCCCUUCUUUAAUGGUGUCGCUCACUGCCCUGGAUUUCACUGAAAGCACCUGCAGCCUGCGACUGGCUUCUGAUUUGAUGUGUUUUUAUUCCACAUUUCCUACUUGGACUCUAGGAUUUUCGCCACAGAUAAUGGUUUCCCCUAUAUGUAGUGGAAGUUACUCUUUGUAGGGGACUGUCAGGUCAAAAUAUUUAACUGACUCUUUUGACAUAUAUUUUCUUUUUUCCUUGUUUUUGUUCUUUGGGGUUUUCUGCUUUAAAAUAUAUACCACCAUGUAUAUCCAGUUCACUGAGGGGUUUGACUCUCUCUUAAGCUGCAUUAAGUUUAUGGUUUUAUAGAAAUUAGCUUUUGUUUAGGCAACUAGUGGUUACACUGUGCAAAUAUUGUCAUGAAUUUUUACUUUUCUGAUUUUUGUAAUAAAAAUUGGUGAAGAUAGAGGAUGUGUCAGAUGAACAAAACCAAUGUUCUCAGAGUGUUACUAACAUUUUGUUUUUAAAUUGUCCUUUACACAUGGAAUAAACAAACGCUCACGCCCGAUGUGUCUCUGGGUAUGCUUCCCUGCGUGAGGGUGGUCCGUGGGAGGAACUGGAGGGGUCGACUUCUACUGCUGCCUUUCAUUUUGCUCGUAAGAUUCCAUCUACUCUUCCUGAUCCUCCCAUGUAGUCCUUUUCACGGCUUUUGGUUCGUUCACAUGCUCUAAUUUUAUGAACACUCUCCCUGGAUCUCUCUUGGGGGUAGGGGGAGGUGUAAAUUGCGGUCAGCUAACAGUAUUGUCCCUGCAUGCUUAUUUUCAUAAAAGACCACAACCAUAGUUUCCUAAACUUCUUUGGGCCGGCACGUAGUAAUAAAUGUAAGCCUUUUAAGUAUAUAAAUUAGAGUUAAUAACGGCAACAGAACAGCCAUUCUGGCAUGCCUAGUAUGUUAUUUAAAACGUUUAUCUUUGUACGUGAUGGAAAAACCUGCUAGACCAAGUGAAGGAGCACGAGCCUACGAGCCUUUGGAAUUGUCACAAAAAUUACUCUGUGCUGAGAGCAGAAGUCAGAACAUCCGCCAUGUCACCCCCGCCUUCUCCCGUGCAGGGUCAGUCAUCACGCCCGGAUGCAGGUGACCUCGGAAACCUUUUUAAGGGACUGAUCAUGAAGCCACCCAAGUGGCUGAGUUUCAAGACAGAGGAAACCUAAUGCCGUUCCCUCAUUCCCUGCGUGGACUGUAUUUGAAGGUAUCUCAAAGGCUUCAUGGUGAACUAAUAUUUGCUGGAAAACAUUAAAUGAAUCUCUUAAAAUACG